AUGGAAUCAAGUGAUAGAACAACAUUUCAAAAACAACGAGACAACCUAAUAAAUGACAUUGUCGGGGUAUUGGAACAAGUGAUCAACAAUAUGGCCAUACUUAACAAGAAUCUUGAGAGUAUAGUCGCAGUUGGGAAAGAUUUUGAAAACGUCGCUACACCUUGGAAAAAUUUUCAUGACGCUAUAAUUGCCGGCGCUUUGGAUGCUGAUCUAAAGGAUGAUAAUCCUAUCACAGAGGAUUACCAAGCUCUUGUUUGGUUAAGCAAGUCAAGGAAUGCAACAUCAGUGACACUAUGGGAGAUAGAAUAA